CACACGUGGGAGAAAUGGCUUCUGACAGGCUGCAGUUUCACGAGAUGGGGUUGGAUGAUCGCCUGUUGAAGGCGCUGGCAGACUUGGGUUGGGCACAACCUACCUUGAUCCAGGAGAAAGCGAUCCCACUGGCACUGGAUGGGAAGGACUUACUGGCUCGGGCACGGACCGGCUCCGGAAAAACGGCUGCUUACGCUGUACCAGUUAUCCAGCGUAUCCUUACCUCAAAACAGACGGUGCGGGAGCAGGCAGUCAGAGCGCUGAUUCUCGUGCCAACCAAAGAGCUGGGUCAGCAGGUGCAAGCCAUGAUCCGCCAGCUGACGGCGUACUGCGCAAGGGAUGUGCGGGUGGCUGACAUCUCGGGAAAGGCCGACCUGUCCGCACAGAGACCCAUCCUUAUGGAGAAGCCGGAUGUGGUGGUUGGCACUCCAUCUCGAGUGCUGGCCCACCUCAGUGCCCAGAAUCUGAGCCUGCAUUCGUCACUGGAGACCCUAGUCAUCGAUGAGGCUGACCUACUCUUCUCCUUUGGCUUCGAGAGCGACCUCAAGAGUCUACUAUGCCAUUUGCCCAAGAUCUACCAGGCCUUCCUGAUGUCUGCAACCCUGAAUGAAGACGUCCAGGCCCUGAAGGAGCUGGUGCUGCACAAUGCUGUGACGCUGAAGCUGCAAGGGUCUCAGCUUCCAGACAGCUCCCAACUUCAGCAGUACAGUAUAAAGUGCGAGGAGGAGGACAAGUUCCUGCUCAUCUACACCCUCCUGAAGCUGAGCCUGGUGCGGGGAAAGACGCUGUUGUUCGUGAGCGCCGUGGACCGCUGCUACCGCCUCAAGCUUUUUCUGGAGCAGUUUAGCAUCCCAGCCUGUGUCCUCAACUCCGAGCUGCCUGUCCAUUCCAGGUGUCACAUCAUUACUCAGUUCAACCAGGGAUUCUACGAUUACAUCAUUGCCACAGAUGAACAGACCCUGGCCAAUCCCAGUGCACCUCCACGGGGAGAGGAGGGCACUGGCAAGAAGAAGAAAAAGAAUGCUGGAAAAGGAGGAAGAGGUAAAGACAAGGAGUAUGGGGUGUCCAGAGGUAUCGACUUCCAGGGCGUGUCAAAUGUCAUCAACUUUGACCUCCCCACUAACGUGGAGUCCUACAUCCACCGUGUUGGCAGAACUGCCCGAGCGGACAACCCUGGCACUGCUCUCACCUUUGUGUCACAUGGAGAGCUCCCCCUGUUGGCGGAGAUUGAGGAUGCACUCACUGGAGAUAAUGCAGACUGUGCCUUAAAGCCCUAUGGCUUUAAAAUGGAAGAGAUUGAAGGAUUCAGGUAUAGAUGUCGGGAUGCCAUGCGGUCGGUCACCAAGCAGGCUGUGAGGGAGGCCAGGCUGAAGGAGAUCAAACAGGAGCUGCUCAACUCCGAAAAACUCAAGACAUACUUUGAGGACAACCCUCGAGACCUGCAACUGCUACGGCAUGACAGGGACCUGCAUCCAGCUGUCAUCAAACCUCAUCUGAAGAAUGUUCCAGAAUACUUGAUCCCGCCCGCCCUGAAAAAUAUAGCCAAUCCCCUCACUGGCAGGAAAAAGAGGAGGCGACUGGGGAAGGCGGCACCAAGUGGUGUUGUGAAAAAUAAUUUCAAGCGUCAGCACAGAGGCAGGAACCCACUGAAGAGCUUCCGCUACACAGGGAAGAAGGGCAAGGGUGGGGUCAGCAAGGCAGGCCAAUCCUAACACAGCGACUUGAUCCUGAACCAAUCAGAGACUUUGCUGGAGCAGGGUGCCCACUACCAUCACCCCCUUAGGGCAGCAUACACACGUAACUCUCCAUGACCACCUAUUGAUUUCUUCUGCCAACUUACUCAAGCUUAUCCUUCAGGAUCGUCAGACUGUCUGCUUCCAAGGUGACAGUCACUGAGAAACAUCAGGACAUCGGUACAUAUACACAGAAGAGUGGGAUUAAAGGUCUGAUGUGGGAACAUUACACCAGUAUUAUGGCUUACACAGGAAUGUCUGAACUGAACUGAAAGUCUGACCCAAGCUCAACAGCUCAACAGAGACAUCCAGCCCUGGUGCAGGAGAUAAUUCAGAAGUUCUUGUCAGUUAAGGAAUGUUGCAGUGACAUUGCUGCAGUUGCAUUCAGAGCUAAAUCAUCUACCUGUCUGACAUCCACGGUGAGCAGGUUUACUGGGUCUGGUGGCAAAAAAAAUUUAGGAAUCAAUGCUCUGUGAGAUCCAAAGGAGGUGAUAGACUCAUAGAUUCUUCCCUCAGCCAUGAUCUUGUCAGGGUUCAUGGUUCAGAGAUGUAGGGUGCGAGUCCUUGGUGUACUCUAAAGCAGAGUGUCACGAAUAUUCCCCGUUCAUCCUGUUGCUAACUACAGCAGGUGCUAUAUGUGACCUUUUGAUCUGUUCCUCCUGUUUUGAG